ACGUCAUGGUGUAGUUUGAUAUAAACACUGAGCAGAGACAUGGUGAGACGUCCCUCAGUGACGUCACUGAAGAGACGUUUACACGUGAUCACACUCCGUCAUGAAAAUUCAUCUUCAUAUUCUCCACUGACAUUUUGAUUAUUAUCCGUCAUGUGGUAACUAUCCGAGGUUGACUCACCUGUCCAGGUGUGAGAUCGUGACUCGAUGAAACAUGAACCUGUAGAAGUUCGUAUGAACUCCACCUGGUUCAAGACGAGCAGAACGAGAAAUACGUCCCCACCCACAAUCCUGCAGUGUGACAUGCACGUCUCUGAUUGGUGGAAACUCUUACUACACACGUCAACUUCAUGUGGGCGAGUGAUGCUGCGUUCCAUUGUACUGGAGCUCGAGCGUCAGGGGCGUUCCAUUAAACCUCAGAACUCGACAUCACAGACCUGCGAGUCGGAGGUUUACACUCGAACGCCUCCUUGAGUCGGAGUAACCACGAGCUCCGGGAUGUAAGUGAACGCAGUAUGGCGUCUCAGUUCAAAAUCCCUAAGAAGAAACUGUCAUCAGAUUUUGACUCCGCCCACACGCACCUGCAGUCACCACUGUCCUACCUCCAAGGCCCCGCCCCUCAAGAUUACGGGACUCAGUCUGGCAGGAGGGGAGCUGACAGGGUGCAUGCUGGGAACGCAGCGGGCUGGUCUACAGACAGAAGGAGGGAUCAGGUGAAAACGCUGCUCGGACUCAACAGCCCCGACAGAGGGGGGGCGUCGGCAGCCAAUCACAGAGCACCAGGAAGCUGGAGGAGCCAACCACAGUCGGGACAGAGAAGGAGGGCGACGGCCUCGACCUCCAACGGGUGGCGUCCCAAGAGAGCGUCCGACCGGCUGCUGGGCGCCGAGCAUCCGUCUCCACCACCGAAGAAGAGCGUCGACCCCUCAGAUUCGUCCACUGGCUCCGUCUCCGUGGUGACGGUGGACUCUCUGGCGGAGCUGCGAGGUGAGGUGCAUGCUGGGAGUCUGGUAGCGAGAACACAGAGGACGAGGCAAAACGAUGCUGAGGGGGAGAACCACAACUCGUCAGAGGACGACUUCCUGUCUCCGACCAAAACCUUCGUCCACAGACCGCCAAUCUCCUCUGUCUGGAGGCGGAGUCUGGACAGGCCGGCGUGGACCAGUACCAGCACCAGUACAGGCACAAGCCAGAAGGAGGACGGGACGAGAGAGGACAGAGACAGGAAGUCCGACCCGCAGCCUCGACUGAACAAACAAACUCCAGCAGAACCCAUCUUGUUGUCGAGUGAAGAAGACGAGGAGGAAGAGGAUGUGAUGACAUCACAGAGCAGCAGCAGCAGCAGGCAGGAGGAGGAGUCUCGUCUGCCACUGGCUCCACAGACGCUUGCCCGCAGACCUGAGGGAGGGCACGACAGACCGCCGCCACCGUUCCUGCAGCUAGAGUUCAGCUCGCUGCACGCCGGCCUGACGCACGCACACGCACACGGGAAGAUGAUGAUCAAUGAAAACGGCCUCAUGAUUCCUGUUAAAGUGUCGGGGGGGGAGGAGGGGGACGUGGUGGUGGUGGCGUCACAGCUCAAUGGUUACGGCGUCUGGGACGGGGGUGUGGCUCAGGGCGGGGAUCUACUGGACGGGUGGGAAGGCCCCGCCCCCUCGCUGCUCUUCCUCUGGGUGACGGACGCUCAGGCCAACCUACUGCAGCGAGAGCUGUCGGCCCUGAGAGGAAGCCCCGCCCCCUCAGGUGUGUCGUGCUCCUUCCUCCUGUUGGUGUUGACGGAGCAGCUGCAGCAGCUCCAGGUCGCCCUGUUGGCCUCCAUCCUGGACAUGGAGGAGUACCAGAAGGGACGCUCCUCCUCCUCGUCCUCCUCAUCCCCUCUGGACUGGACCGACGGGCUGUUGCUCCUCCACACAUGUCCUCCUCCUUUGGACCAGCACCUCCUCAGCCUGCUGGGUCACUGGUCGUCCGGUCAGCAGCAGCAGCCGCUUCCUGCUCGGUUGAUCCAGUACCCGGCGGCGCCUUGUAGGGGGCGUAUCACGGUGAACAAGGAGGACCUGGCUUGUUUGGACGCCGGCCAGUUCCUCAAUGACGUCAUCAUCGACUUCUACCUCAAGUUCCUCCUCCUGGAAGGCGGUGGCGGCUGCGUGGCUGAGCGGAGUCACGUCUUCAGCAGCUUCUUCUUCAAACAGCUGAGCAGGCGGCGAGCCCCCGGAGAGGAUGACGCCCCCUCGCUCCCCGAUCGUCACAUGAGACAUCGGAGGGUGAAGACGUGGACUCGACACAUGGACAUCUUCAGGAAGGACUACCUGUUCGUGCCUGUCAAUCAAGAGUCUCACUGGUUCCUGGUGGUCGUCUGCUUCCCGGGUCUGGAGGACGUUCAGUACCAAGAAUGUCACAGCUCCACAGGUUCAUCAGAGAGAACGACGGGAAAAGGAGGCCUGAGACCACCACCUCCAGAGUGCACGGAUCUCGGCCGCCACAGGGACACGGUGAUGAAGAGACCCUGCAUCCUCGUCAUGGACUCACUGAAGCUGACGGACCACGAGGACGUCUGCAGACUCAUCAGAGGGUACCUGCAGGUGGAGUGGGACGUCCGCAUGAAGACGCGCCGUCUCUUCUCUCGUGACUCGAUGAGGAGCAGCAGCUGCAGAGUCCCUCAGCAGGACAACAGCAGCGACUGUGGCGUCUACCUGCUGCAGUACGUCCACAGCUUCCUGCAGAAUCCCGUUGUGCACUUUGACCUCCCGCUGCGGUUGGACGGCUGGUUUCCAAGGCAACAGGUGCGACAGAAGCGCGAGGAGAUCCGCAAUGUGAUCCUGAGGCUGCACCGGAACAAGAGCCAAUAAUCACACGUGCAAUAACUAAUUUAUAUUUUUAUACUUUAUUGUUUCACAUGUAAUAAACUUUAUGAUAUGAAAUA